UUGACUCGACUAGGCAGACAUCUUUCGCUUCCCCAUAAAACAUCAAGAUGAAAGACAAAGGCCACGAUAUUUAACAAGCUACAUUAACAGUAUCGAUAUCUAUCGUAUUUACUUCUUCUUACGAAGUUGGGGACGAAAUUUCGACGUUACGUGCCGAAGAAUUAAUGAAACGAAAAACGCGGAAAGCCUGAAGAAAAGCUACAUCUUCGUUCAUCUUGUCUCAAAAACGACUAUUCGCAGCCUCUCUGCUACUUUAUUCACUGCUACUCAAAGAAGAAACAUUUCUAAAUACCUAAGGGAACGUUUACUAAAGUUCAACAACGAAUAAAAAUCCUUUUUUUUUUUUGCUUGAAUAACCAUCAGCUAUUUUCCUUCAUUAAAUAGGGUAAACUUUGAGCUACGUCGAGAAAUUUUAGCACACCUUUUAUUGCUUAGUUAUCAUUUAUAGUUAAUCCAAUGUUUUCCGACGAUGAAGAGCUGUACUACUACACCAGGCGAGAUUAUGCCUAUGAUACUGAUGACAGUGGUCCAUACUAUGAUGAUGAUGAUUACUACGAUGACUAUGAUUAUUAUGAUAGCGAUAGUGAGGCCAGAUAUGCCAGGAGACUUGCUGAAUACAAGAUUAAGAGUGAAAAGGAAAAACUAUCAAAAGAAUUGGAAGAUGGCAAGAAUAAUGCCGAUAACACCCCAAAAGUGUUUCAGUGUAGCUCACUGGUUAAUAUCUGUGCAAGAUAUUUGGCAUUAAACUUCCCUUUCGCAUACCUUCAAGACAGGUUUCCACCUAUACCAGAURAUCUGCAGCUGAAAGUGAUUAGGUUUUCAUUUCCAGACAGCGAGGAGAAGAUUAGAAAGUAUGCAGAGUUUAGUCGGUCGGGAGCAGAUAUAAACUAUCCAUCAAAACUGUGUAGUGCUGGCAAAGUGAAAGAUAUGAUGCAGAUAGGGUUUCGACUAAGUGCCAGCGUGGAAGACAAGUAUGUAACAAUUCAUUUUGAUCGUGGUAAGAUCACUUCUGCACAAUGCACCUGCGACUCCUCAUCAAGCUGGUGCCUUCAUGUCAUUGCUACUGCUUUGAUGAGAAUCCGAAAUGCCGACAGCCUUGACCAAUCCAAAAUGAGAUUGCCUGUAUCAGAUGCUCUGAAUGACCUAAGCCGUGAACAGCUUUUGAAGUUUUCGGAGUAUCUUUUGUAUCAUCACCAAAAUCAAAAAAUUGUGGAGACUGCGCAGGGUUUGAUUGACAAGUUGGUGAAUCGCCAUGGUGACUAUAGUGAGGACCAGAUUAAUGUUGUUGAUGGAGCUCCAGACCCUACUGCUGGACCAGGCAUUGAUGAAGAAUGUCAUUGGUUUGUGUGUACUACAGGCUUCAAGGAAAAUUGUAGUAAUCUGAUCUAUGAGCCAGCAGACAAUUUAGGGUUUGCACCGUUAGAAAACAAGGAUGAUAAUACUCUUCUUCAUGAGCUGUGGUACAGAAAUCGAUGUAAUUAUCCAUUAGUACAAGAUGAUAUUGAUACUGAAGUUGGUUCUGAAUUCUACUGCCCAUACUCACUAGAGCGCCGUCAAGAUUCUUCCAGAAUCUUAGAGACAGUUUUAGAGCUGUUGAAAGAUGACAGCAUGAGUGGUCUCAUUGCCAUAAAGUCCUGCACAGAACAGGUGCUGUCACGUCUCGAGAAAAAAGGAUCCCCUUACGAAUCACGCCGUUUGCGCUCAUCUACAUUACAAGAAGUUAACAAGCCUCUCUAUCCCUGUGGGUCGCCAGCUAUGGGGUUUACAGCUCGGCCUUUUAGGUGUUGGACUCUGUGUGAUGAACUCUCGGUCCUGUGGCAGCUUGCUGUACUCAACCCAAAAAUGAACUUGAAAGAAAAACAGCAAGUCAGUCUUGAAUUGAUGAAAUGGAGCGAAGAAGCCGCAACAGGCUGCUACAUCGAAAAGCUCAAGCCAUGGAAAGGUCUAGAAGUGGCGUACAACCUAUGCCAAUACAUCGACUGGCAUCAACCUCACAUGCAGGCCAUACUACAGGAUAAAAUACCUUCCAACUAUGCCAUCAAUGGAUGCACACUAGUACAUAUAAACGCUGAAAGAACCACUGUCAAGAAGUAUCCUUCCAUAACCUGUCAUCUACCGUACAGUUUCUAUUAUGGGUCAAUAACUCUUGAUAUCCACACUUGGUGUUCAAUCAUCAACGCCUUACAGGUACAUAACUACAGAAAACCUGCUGUACACAUCGCUUUUGGCCUCGCCCUUGGCUUUAUUUCUCUCUUCCGCAACAACAUCGAAACAAGAACUCGGUUUUCGAAUAUCCCUGUUUUGAAUAGCUGUACUCUUGAUCACAAUUCAAAACGCUCAGAGAAAAUCGCCGAGGAGGAUGGAGUUGAAGGCAUGGAUAUCGAUGACGAGAAACCUGGAAUAUCUUGUGCUGAGAUAUGGCCUGCAGAUACACUGCUGUCUCUACGCUGCUUCGCUUUUCUGUGUGAGUUCUUGUCAAGGAACGAUGACGAAGUGGAAUCUUUGAUUACUUCGCACAAGGGGCUGGGUCCUGAGAAUAGUGAUCUGGCCACUUCUCUGAGUAAGAUUUCUAGUGCAAAUUCGCUUCGGUUUCAAACUGCGGCGAUUGGUUUGUUUUUACCGAGGUUUCCAAUGGCAGUCAUGAGGCAGGAGGCAGAACAAUACGACCUCGAGAAUUGGCUGUCCUCUCAACUACUCGAAUCCAAACCAACACCAGAUGACAUGGGUUUCCUGAACCAUCUGUGUACGGUGGCUCUAAAGGAUGGCAGUCACUGGCCUCUAUCUCCUCCUUGUUCUUUCACCAGAAUCACUCUUCAUCACUGCUUCAAGGAUUCGAAUUCCUCGGCUGUAGCUGUGAGUAAUCCAUUACAAAACAAGGCCCUUAUACUUGAGCUCGCGUUCCAGGUAUUGGAUUUUACACAAGUCGUAGAUUCCCAUGGUUGGACUUUGUUCGAGUUUUCGACUGCCGUUUCCUGGUCUAAGCUUGCCGAGCUGUCGCUGAGUUGUUUGGCGGGCUUUACGUCUUACACAGAGCGAGCUAUGACGUCUAUUUUAAAGCAGAGUGGCAUCUUUGGGCCUGGGAAACACAACCACCUCGUUAAAGCAUCCCCUGAGGAAAUCCGAAGUAGUAGGCAAUGGAUAAGGACUACAAUGGAUGGAAAGAGCAAAAUCUGUUUCGCUCUUGCCAAAGCCUUAAUCACACGUCUAAGAAGGUCAUCAUCUAAGAAGGGCUCAAACCUGACUAGCAGGAUAGUCCCACUGAGGGAACUAUUCAGCAGUACCCGAAACAAACUUAUUGAUGUGUUCCCUAAAAUCGAGAGCCCCUUGGCGAUAAUGGCCCUGAAGAAGUGUGCCAUACGCCUUGGUGCGCACAGUGUGUACUUAGAGAAGACGUCGAAUAGGAGUUACAGCCACGGGUCAGCUAUAAGGUGGCUGAUAGAAUGCUCCAUUGAGUGUGGUUUAUGGGGACUCCGAUGUCUGAUCAACAGUCACUCAGAUAUCAGCGACUUCAUGCAGCAUGAAGAGGCAAUCAAUUUGUGUAAAAGCAUCUUGAAGAAGAGAGACGACAGUAUGAUUUCCAUGGUGAAGGAAAUACUGCUGUCUUUAUUAAAACAAGCAGUGAGGACUGAGUCCAUGGAUAAUAUCAGAGAUAUUCUUGUGACUUGCAGAGAGAACCACAGAGAUACCAGUUACUUAUUAACACCAUGGGCCUGUCAACACAUCCACGACAUGGCACUAUGUAACACUGUCCACUUUGAGUCUCUGAUGUUCGCUUCCGAGCAAGCCUUUAAGUGUUACAACUAUAAAUUGAACCAAAUUACAAAUGAAAACCAAAGAAUGAAAGCAUCGGACGGAGGGAUGGGUCUGAAGCGACUAUUCAACGAAGGUCGUGAAGAUUCUGAUAGCGAGGAACCAGCCAAGACGUACAUACCCUUAAACCCUUACAUAACACCUAACAAACCACACCCUUACCUUGAACUGUCUUUUAAGCUUGGUCUCAUGGGACUCACUGCUUUAACCAGAGGAAAUGAAAGUCCCCUGAGAAGGUAUCGCAGGUCUGAUCGCGAUAAGAAAGAACGUCUACAAGAGUUCUGUGAAGUAGUCUGCUACAUCGCCACCAAGAAAUGGCUUGAUAUGGAAAACAAGCAAGGAGAAGGCUCAAGUAAAAGAUUCUCCGCUUCAAGUUCUACUGGUUCACGUCGGGGCAUAGACGAGUCGUAUAUCUCGCGUUUUGUCACCGAUCUUCUGAAGUCCGUUACCAACCCAAUGCAUCUGCUGAGUUUUCUUCGUGAGAUGUCAAGCAGGCUCUUUCCAGAAAUAGAUGAAGACACGUGCAAGGCAAUUAGAGCUGAGUUAAAUACGGUCAGCAAGAUUGAACUCGCUCAGCUACGGAAAGCUAUCAACACCAUCCCUUCUCUUCUGUUUCUGAUUCAAAGGAUCGAGUCACAGUUCAAAGAACUUUUACUUGGUCCCAAAGUGACUUUACUCGUAAAGAACAUCACCGAUCGUAGACCUCAUUCCUCUCACAAAGAACUACGCCCUGAGUUUGAAUACCACGAUCUUGAGGAAGACACUCUCAGAGAUACACUCAAAGCUGCAAAAGAGGUGUUCGAACUGUUAGACUCCUCUGGAGAAAGCUUCAAAGAGCUGGUGUCUGCCAUCCAGAAGAAGCACGAGGAGUUGAAGCCUGUGCUGGAGGGGAUUUUGCUGGGAGAGGAAAUUCCUCGGCAUAGGGAUGGUGAACUGUUCCGAAAUCCGUUUUUCUUUUGGCCAUUUAUCCAGGAGUUACAAUUUGGUCGAAGGCACCCGUUGGAAGAGUUUUUGAAUUAGAACAUUUCUUUUGGUUACCGGUAAAACUUACCUUUGUAUUUCAGAAAGAGUAUUGGCUGAAUAACAUUGGAUUGCAGCCAAUAUUUUAGAGUAGGACAUGUUGCACUUAAUUAAGCGCGUUGAUUAGAUGAUUAGGUACAUUAGAUGAGUUAGACGUUUUGGAUGCCACAAUCAUGCGUUUGGGUAACUCAUUCGAACUCAGGUUCAAAAGGUUAAAUCAUCGGAGCUAAGAUCGAGAGGUAUUGUGGGUAGUCGAUAUUCUGGGCAUUUUAAGAGUGUUUUUAUGCAGACAUAUGCAUGAAGAGUAACUGCAAUAUGCAUAAUAUCAGCCCCAUUAAUUGUUUACCCAAAACACCCCUCGGUUUUAGUUUUCAUGAGUUAUCCUCGUUGAACUCGACAAUGAUCUUUGAAAUUGAUGUUAUACGGUGAAGUGGAUUUGUGUCACUAUGAACUCGUCAUGCCUAUUGGGGAAAGUUCUUUAGACUAUUGGUUGGUAGUUAAAAGUGUAUAUCUGUCAACAUGGAGAUGCAUAUUGCUAAUACCCCAUUGGGACAUUUGGUUAAAACAUUGGAUUAGCGAAAGUGGAUAUCUGUCAACAUGGACCUGACAUGCAUAUUGCAAAUAUCCUAUU